UCCGUAGUGCGUCGUUGAGUAUGCGACCACGUGACACAUGUGAUACUUGUGCUUUCUGUUCUUCUCCAAAUGCCACCAAAUACGCGGACAAACUCUGUUAAUCAGAAUAUAAACUGCGUCUCGGGAUUACUCGAUUUAUGAUUGUCGAAGUGUUAGAUUCGAACACCAAAACUACAGGCAGAAAUUCUUUCGUAUUUAUAAACUUGGAAGCAUAUGUAAGUUAUCAGCUUCGCUCUUCCACUUGGCCACUUGACAACUGACGUUAACUUGGUAGUGAGCCUGGAGAGGAGGGGACCAUAAACGGGAUACAAAUGCGGCUGAAAGACCCCUUCUCUUUAAAAACCGCAGACAUGACCAAGCGGUCUAACAAGCCAAAGAAGCCUCGUGAUGAAGACUCGUCUGACGAGGUUGGCGGGUUGACAUGCCAGCAUGUGAGCAGGGCUGUGGACCUCAGCUCAGUGAAGAAGGCAGUGACAGGCAGCCUGUGGUCUAUAUGCUCCGAUUGCCUUAAAGAGAGGAACAUUCAUGAGGGAGAACCAGUAGGAGCACAUGACAUCCUUGUGUGCCUCAAGUGUGGGUUCCAGGGUUGUGACCAGGCAGAAACUCAGCAUUCCACAAAACACCUGCAAGCUCAUCACUCUGACUCUCACUGUAUCACCAUCAGCCUCAGUACAUGGAAAGCCUGGUGUUUUGAAUGUAAGGAAGAGCUCUCCACUCAUUGCAAUAAGAAAGCGCUGGCUCAGACUCUGGAUUUCCUGCAGAAGCACUCAGCAAAGGCCACCUCAGGAACAACCUCAAAAAUUAUCAGGCUCCGAGAGGAACCCGCUGAGUAUGUGGACACUCAGAGAGGGAAGACUCCAGUGAAUAGCACACUUAUCCCAGUCAAGGGCAUCAACAACCUGGGUAACACCUGCUUCUUCAAUGCUGUGAUGCAGAAUCUCUCCCAGACCCACAUGCUGAAUGACCUAAUUCAAGACGUCAAGGAGAAGGGACAUAAGAUGAAGAUCUGCCCCCCUGCUGAGACUAAGUUGGGGCCACUAACAGUGACGUUGCCCAGCCCAGAACCCCUCACCUCAGCCAUGUUCCUGUUCCUCCAAAGCAUGAAGGAGCCUGGGAAAGGGCCUGUCUCCCCCAAGAUCCUUUUCAACCAGCUAUGUCAGAAGGCCCCUCGCUUUAAGGGUUACCAGCAACAGGACAGUCAGGAAUUGCUGCAUUACCUCCUGGACUCCAUGAGAGUGGAGGAGACAAAGCGCAUUAAAGCAGGCAUCCUCAAAGCCUUUAACAACCCCACAGAGAAGACAGCUGAUGAGGAGACCAAACGACAAGUGAAGGCUUAUGGGAAGGAAGGAGUGAAAAUGAAUUUUGUCGAUCGGAUUUUUGUCGGAGAGCUGACCAGCACCAUAAUGUGUGAAGAGUGUGAACAUAUUUCCACAGUGAAGGAAGCCUUCAUUGACAUUUCCCUUCCCAUCAUAGAGGAAAGGAUCUCUAAGCCUACAAACCCUGGUAGACUAGGGAAAAGUGGGCGGGAGCAAGACGGUCCGGCCUCCCAUGAUGACUCAUCAGCUACCAAUUCACAAGCCAAUAGAAACAGCAGGAGGUUGAGUGGACUGAAGCUGCAGGGUCGCCAUUCGUCCACUUCUCAUGAUGAGAGAGGUGCAGAUUUGGUUUCUAGCCGACAAGAGGAGGAGCUCUGUGUGGCUGGGCGUGGCCUGGCCAGUUGCCGGGCGGAUACGAUGGGCAGCCAAUCAGACUGCAGCGAGAAGGAUUCCAACCUGCAGGACAGCAGUAACGAUGCGGACAGCGAGGCCUCCGAGAGCGAAUGGUCACCACGAAUCCCAUCUGUGUCCACUCACAGUAGCACAUCAGAUAAAGUCUCAACCGCCACGACUUCAGCCUCAACAGCACACAAUCCAAGUCUAAAACCAAACCUGAGCCCGAGCCCCGCUCCGCAGGGUGGCGCUGUAGAGCAGCUUGUCAGUGCUGUGUCCAAGCUAGGCCUGGUGCACACUUCCACUGAUACUCUACCUGUCAGUCACAGCCCAGAGGAACCGUCCGAGGUCCGGGAGAGAGACCGUCAGCACCAUCAAGGGGCCUUCCAAGCCCUCUGUCACAGUUACACCCCUAGCUCUAAAGAGUGCUCCGUACAGUCUUGCCUGCAUCAGUUCACCUCUGUUGAGCUGCUGAUGGGCAACAACAAACUGCUCUGUGAGAACUGCACAGAGAGAAGGCAAAGGCAGAUGAAGAGGAGUGAUAAGAAGGCUGAGAAGGUGUACACCAGUGCCCGUAAACAGAUGCUCAUCUCGGCACUUCCUCCAGUGGUCACUCUUCACCUUAAACGAUUUCAUCAGGCCGGGAUGAAUCUGAGGAAAGUUAAUAGACAUGUGGAUUUUCCUCUUUUGUUAGACCUGGCACCUUUCUGCUCUGCCACUUGUAAGAACCUCGGGUCAGGGGAGCGUGUUCUGUACAGCUUGUACGGCAUUGUGGAACACAGUGGAUCAAUGCGAGGUGGGCACUACGCAGCCUACGUGAGGGUCCGCACCCCCCAGCGUAAACCUGAGCAGCGCCGGAACCAGUCAGGUUCCAGAGAGGCCAGCUCAGCCCCACAAGGUCAGUGGGUGUAUGUUAGUGACACCAGCGUUCAGACUGUACCGGAGUCCAGAGUGCUGAACUCUCAAGCUUAUUUACUUUUCUAUGAAGAACUCCUAUAAGAUCCAGACGGGCGCGUGAAUGCCAGAUGAUCCAGACAAAUGCAAAACGCAAUAUCAGCUCAGACAACAGCGAGCACUUACUGCAUGACUGUAUCCCUGUAUUUUAAUGUAGGAUUCCAUAUACUAAAAGCUUUGUCUUAUGGCUCAUUCAUUACUCAAGGUGAUCUGAAUUAAAAAUGGGAGCCAUUAUUAUUGAUGUAAAAUAAUAUUAUGAGUUUAAGUUAUUUAUAUUUUACAGCUAAUGUUUGAGCUUAACAUUUAUUUUUGGGGGGUUCAUUUUGCAGGAGAAAUUGCCAAAGAGUAAUUUAAGAUAAAUAUGUAUAGAAUAUAUAUUAUGAGAGGGAGGACUGUGCCAAAAGAGUCUAUAACCUCUGUUGUGAAAGGGAAACUCAGCACAAUAUGCAGCUGUUGCUUUCAGAGCCGUUUAAACCCGUCAUAUCCUGCACUGGAUCACACAAACUAGUCACACAUAGACACACGCAAACAACAUAUCAUCAUUUACUUGGAGACAAUUUAAUAUUCACAAGGUUGCUUGACAACAAUAUAAUAAAUUGUAAUUUGCUGAUUGUCAUUUAUUUUUGUGUUAACGUUUAACUUUGGUUUGCUUGAUCAGUACUAAUGUUUUUGAAUGUAGUUUGAUUCAAAUCAUAGAAGUGGGCCCUCCUGUAAAGUUUUAUGAAUUUUAACUCGAGAACAUUUCUCAGUAUCUAAUGGUUAAGGAGUUGGUGCAAUAUUCCUGGACUUUGCCUCAUGCCUAAUUUUUCUAUUUCAGAAAUGAAUAUGAGUAGAAAACAAUUUCUUAUUAUUUCCCCUUUUUGAAUUUUGAAGCUACAUCAGUGCCUACGGUUUAUGAGGGCUGAGAUUGUUUUGCAUGUCUUUAGCAAAGUAUUCGAUUCAUACAAGAAUAUAAAGAGAACGGUUUGUGUAUAUACUGAUUAGAAAUAUACAUAAUUGUAUGUAAAAUAUGUAUCUUGUUCAAUACUAUUUAUUCUGUUUACCAGGCAGAUAUUGUAACACCAUAGAUUUGUGUGGUGUUUAUGGCUUCAGGGUUCCUCAAGCUGUUCUAUUGCUUGAAUUUUGUGAACAUAAUCCAGUACAAAAUCAUUUAAAAUGAUAAUUUAAAUACAUGUAGUUGAAGAAAACCUUUGAGUGGGUUGAAAUAAUUUCAUCU